CCAUUAUUAUCAUCAUUCAUUCACCUAAGCCACCACCAAAUUUCCUACGCAUCCCACUUUCUCACCUUUCCUUCUUCGGGACCGGGAUUGGUAUUCUACAAAGCCGCUUAAGUUGUUUUUAUUCAACUUGAGCUAGGAAUGAACUCCUACCCUCCUUAAGAAAUAAGAAAAGGUAUUAUUUUUCAAUCAUGGAUGAUCGAUCGCCUUCGCGUGACCGUUACGAUUCGCGUUCCCCAACGCCCAAGUCGCGCUAUUCGCGAUCAGCCUCGCCUGUCCGCCGACGUCGAUCCCCUACUCGAUCCGCCUCUCCCGCACCCCGUCGCAACGGGAGACUUCGUAGUGACAGCAGAAGUUUGAGUCGUGACCGUGACGACCGUGGCAGAAGCGAGAGCCCUCUAAGAGGCAGUACCAAGAUCGUAGUUGAGAAAUUGACUAAGACCAUCAACGAGGAUCAUUUGCACGAGAUCUUUGGGCAGUACGGACCCAUUCGAGACCUAGACAUGCCCAUGAACCGACAAUUUAAUACGAACCGUGGUACGGCGUAUAUCCUAUACGUUCAUGAAGCUGAUGCCGAAGCCGCUAUUGCCCACAUGCACGAAGCUAUAAUUGAUGGCACAGUCAUCAACGUUUCCAUUGUGCUACCCCGACGCAAGUUCUCACUUUCUCCUCCCACCGCAAGCCGAGGCGCCAACAUCGAUCCCCGCCUCCCCGCUCCUAGUCUAAGAGGCAGCGGUCGAGCGGGAGGAGGCAGUGGUCCUCUUAGUGGCGGAAGGGGUGCCGGAUUUGGCGGAAGGCCACCUCGCUCCCCGCGCUAUGGUCGAUCUGGUCGUGACAACUUCGACACUUAUCGACCGCGUUCCUACUCGAGAUCUCGAUCCCCUCCCCGCCGUAACCGUAGCCCCUCGGGCUCUUACGCGUCUAGAUCUCGCUCUCCCCCGCGACGACGAGGUGGAAAGAGAGAUAGCUAUAAUGACUACGACGGUGAUCGACGACGUAGCCCCAGCUAUGACAGUCUCCGAGGCCGAAGUCGUUCGCGUAGCCGCGGUAGAGGAUUUCGCUAGGUUAGGAAAAAGCAGAGUUGUUGCAUUUGGAUGGGCAUUUGAAAGGGAAUAGUUAGGGAUACCAGGUCAUGGCGCAGAAGCUUGCCGAAUACAGUUUAUGCUGCCUGCCGUUUAAUGAUUUCUGCGAAGUUUGGCAGUAAUAUGUCUAGGUACUUUUCUUCGGUUGAAUUGCCUUGGAUUGAUUACUUAUAAUCCUUCUAGGCUAUACAUCCGUACGCAAAUGCGAUCGUCCAUUAAAAUCGAAGGAGUCGCCCUCGUUCUAGUGGUUACCUGAUUUAUCGAGACGCCGCCCCAAUUCCUGUGGUUUUAUGACAAGCUGAUCAUCCCCCCACACACACCCCUGGUCUCGGUGUUAGUGU